UGUAGUCAGCUGGGAUAGGCUCCAGCUUGCCUGCGACCCUGUAGAACAAGGUAAAGUGGCUAGAGAUAAUGAGAUGAUGAUGAUUUAUUAUUAUUAUUAUUAUUAUUAUUCAUAAUAACUUGUUUUUCCUUCAUAAGCCCUUAACUGUGGAAAAAAGUUUCUGAUGAUGAUGAUGAUAACGUCUCACAAGAAGUGUGAAUAAAUUAUUGUUGUUGGUGGUGGUGUUAUUAACAUCAGUUUGUAAAAUUUACUUCUCCCUUUAUUGGUUUAUCUCCUUCAGGUUAUACAGUAAACACUCUGGCAGCGGUUCUCUUAGUCUUGCAGUAGUGUUGCAACAUCCCUUCACAAACCACGAGCUGUACUUGGUCUAAUGAUUAACUUUUAAAGCCAGUAGUUUUCAGUGUAAAUGUAUGUUGUAGGCUCUCUCCCUCUGUGCUCUUUGCGGCUGCUGGUGCCUCCACUGCGCCUCAUGUCUGCCUUCAUGUGGCGAGUUGUCCAGCAGCAGAACCUGGAAUAUUUUGACAAGCUUGAAGAGUACGUCCUCCUCAUAACAAGGAUGGUCCCUGAGAUUCUGAGUGAAAGACAGAGGAGUGUGCUCGUUAUGGGUUUGAGAGCAAAGAUGAUUCUUGAAAUGUGCAAAGACGAGUUACCAACUGAUCUAAAGUCCAUCAAGGCACGUCUUCACACAGUUGAGUCUUUAAGCAUGUCUAAGAGCACUGGUUCAGAGGUGGAGGUGUUACAGGGCAGGUUGUUAAAGCUUGUCAUAAGCCUUCUUGAGGACCCAGUUAAAAAGGAGCAUUUCUUUCAGGAGGUGUUCCCACAUGAGUUCGGUCCUGAAUUCGACAAAGCAAUGCAGGUCCUAGUUGGCCAUUUUCUGUCCAGGCUGGAACAGCUCUUACCGAUACCCAACUUCAAACAGGCUGCUCAGUGGCUAGAUACUGAAUCCACAGGCUGGGAGGAUUUAGUACAGAUGAACUGUGAUCCGACCCACUUGCUUCCCCUGCUACAAAGUGACUAUCAAGGAAACCUGGAUAAAAAUGGACUCCCAUCGGUCGUGGAGGAAAGAAUCAUCUCCUCUUUGUCUCUUGCUUCUUUGACUGACGAGGUCAUCCCAAGUGAGAACAGGUCUGAUCGAGCUGAACCUCCUCACAGCAUGGACAGUUCCUCCCAGACAGACCAGGAUGUGAUGCAGGACAGUAAGACAGAUAUUUUAACCCAUGUCGUCGUCACUUCAGAGCAAGCAUUGUGUCAUAAUGAGACUGUGUUUGAAGAGCCGGAAUUGCUUACAAAUAAUGGACAAGAAGAAGAAAGGGAUUUAAAUGAGAGAGGUGUUUCUGAAACCAGAGAGGAGGAGAUGAAAACCUCUCAAACAGAAAGUGAGGAUGAAACAUCAACAAACCUUGAAAAGGGUGAGCCAAGCGCAGUGAUCACUGAUCUAGGAAAUGAUGGUGGAAGAAGUGCUGAGGAAGUACCUGCUGGAUCUGAGGGCAACAGUGGACAGAUGCUGAAAGUGAUUGUUCCAAAGCAUCUGUUACCUGCAAUUAAACACAUCAGCCUGCCAUCUGUUUUACUCUCUCGCUGUACGAGCAGUGAACCAGUACCACUGAAAGUUGCAUCUGAAACAGGAACAUCAUCUUCCCUGAAUUCAAGUGUUUCAGAAAAUACCAGAACCUUGCAGAGGAGGAGGCCGAGAGCUCGCAAGGAAAAGUGUGAUAGUACAGGCAGCUAUAAAUGUGUGCCCUGUAAAAUGAGCUUUAAAACCCAUUGCCAGGCUUCAGUGCACCAGCGUAAAAGGCACAGGAAGUUAAUUUAUUCCUGCCCCAACUGUGAAAAGAGUUUUGAGUCUAUGAAGGCUUGGACGAGACACCGCACAGAACACAAAGAAGAAAAACCACAGCGGUGUACAGAUUGUGGAGAAGAAUGUGCGAGCCUGCAAGCUCUAGUGGACCAUUCCAAAAUCCAUAACCAUGUGGUGAGCGAGAGUUUGCCAGCUUCUGAGAAAACGGUGCCUCCUCCAAAACCAGCACCAGGAGAGUGUAAAUUUUGUGGUGAGACGUUUACUCCAAUAGAGCUGAGAAACCACUUAAAAACGCAUCCAGAGUUCCGACCUCACCAGUGUGAUCACUGUGGGAGGUGUUUCGCUAACCUGAGCAACUUGUUAGCUCAUAUUUCAAACCACACAGGAGAAAAACCUCACGUCUGCUUAAACUGCGGCAAGAAGUUCUUCAGCAAGUCACAGCUCAAGUCCCACAUGAAGUCUCAUUCAAAAGAGCGGCCAUACUGCUGCUCUUACUGCGGCAAGUGCUUCCACACUGCUGGGAACCUUAACAUCCACACAAGGAUACACACAGGAGAAAAACCUUACACGUGCAUAGAGUGCGGGAAGGCCUUCAGCUCGGCCGGGCGUCUGCAGGUUCACCGCCGCUGCCACACUGGAGAGAAACCGUAUCAAUGCGACGUGUGUGGAAGAGGAUUCAUCGUGUCGAGUCAUCGCACGAUACACAUGAGGUCACACACAGGGGUGCGACCUUUCAGCUGUGAAAUCUGCGGGAAGACCUUUUCAAGGCGGAACUGCUGGAGCGAACAUAUGUACAGUCACACAGACUCAAAACCAUUUCCUUGCCCUGUCUGCCCAAAGAGCUUUAUACGCCGGAGCCAUUUAAAGAGACACAUGCAGAGCCACAGUCGUGAUCAAAGCAAUGCUGUACAGAAGAACCUAUAAAAGUCUACACAAUGCUGUAUAAUUAUUAGCUGUGGCACCUGUAGGCUCCAGAUUUAUUGUGGAAAUUUUUGACAUGACACAACUGCUUUAUAGCAAUAAAUCCUGCUUGUUUGUUAGAAUGGCCUUGCCUCACACCUGUGCUAUUUUGUGUAGAGGAAAUAUUGGUGUUUAACUGCAUUAAGCUCUUCCAAGUGGUGUCUAGUUUUUUAGACCACUAUAUAAUCUGCUAUUCUGCAUGUAUUUGAAAAAUGUAUUGCUUUAUGUAUUCUACUGAUCCUGUCAAUUAAUCCGAAAAGUGUUCUA